ACUUCUUUCUCCCGUCCUUUGAUCGUCUAAACGUCGCCGUCAGCUUCACUGGUCGGUCGUACCAGCCUGGAGAGAGAGUAGAUAGAAAGAGAGAAAGCUGAAUCUCAUGAAUGACUGACUACCAUUCUACUAGCUUCAGCUCACUUGCCUUUUCCACUAACUUCUAAUCUUGUAAACCCUAAUUUCAAUUUCUUCUUAGAUAAAGCCAUACAUCCUGAAGGAACCUUAAAGUACAUAUAUAAUGGUGGGCUCGUCGCUUGCGGGCUUGCAAGAUCAUCUCAAAUUGGCGAGAGAUUACGCCCUCGAAGGUGUCUACGAUACUUCCAUCAUCUUCUUCGAUGGUGCCAUUGCUCAGAUCAACAAGCACUUAAACACGCUUGAUGACCCAUUAAUUCGUGCAAAAUGGAUGAACAUAAAGAAAGCUCUCUCCGAAGAAGCAGAGGCUGUAAAGCUGUUGGAUGCAGAGAAAAGGACUUUCAAAGAGAUUACUAUGGGUAGACGGCCUUCCUCGCCUGCAAUUUCUGCUAAUUCGUCAUUUGUUUUUCAACCGUCAGACGAGUUCCCAACUUCAUCUUGUGCUCCUUUGGAUGAUCCGGAUGUAUGGAGGCCGCCUAGCCAAGACACUACAAGUAGGAGACCCACAAGAGCUGGUCAAGUGGGCAUGAAGAAGUCACCGCAAGAUGGAAAUUGGGCUCGUGGUUCUACAAGAGCUGGACCAACUAGUCGUGGAGCAAAGGCUGGUGGUUCUAGUAGAUCAAACUCUGGAGUCCGAGCAUCAACUACUGUGAAGAAAGGCACUGGCUCAGGGAAAUCCAAUUCUGGCAAGGCAGAUUCGUUGAAUGGUGAAGUUGAAGAUGGAAAGUCAAAACGUGGACAGUAUGAGGGUCCUGACACAGACUUAGCUGCAAUGCUUGAAAGGGAUGUAUUAGAAAGCAGCCCUGGAGUGAGAUGGGAUGAUGUUGCGGGGUUGAGUGAAGCAAAAAGACUUCUAGAGGAAGCUGUCGUUCUUCCUUUGUGGAUGCCCGAAUAUUUCCAGGGAAUUAGAAGACCAUGGAAAGGUGUUCUUAUGUUUGGCCCUCCUGGCACUGGGAAGACACUUCUGGCAAAGGCAGUAGCUACAGAGUGUGGCACAACAUUUUUCAAUGUUUCUUCUGCUACACUGGCUUCAAAAUGGCGUGGGGAGAGUGAACGCAUGGUUCGCUGCUUGUUUGAUCUUGCUAGAUCUUAUGCUCCAAGUACAAUAUUCAUCGAUGAGAUUGAUUCACUUUGCAAUGCGCGGGGGGCAUCAGGGGAGCAUGAAUCAUCCAGAAGAGUGAAGUCUGAACUUCUAGUUCAGGUAGAUGGUGUGAGCAAUAGUUCCACUAAUGAAGAUGGAAGUCGCAAAAUAGUAAUGGUAUUGGCUGCCACUAACUUUCCAUGGGAUAUAGAUGAAGCACUAAGGAGGAGGCUGGAAAAAAGAAUUUAUAUUCCUCUUCCGAAAUUUGAUAGUCGUAAGGAGCUUAUACGGAUCAAUUUGAAAACUGUUGAGGUUGCUCCUGAUGUAGAUAUUGAUGAAGUGGCUCGUCGAACAGAGGGAUACAGUGGAGAUGAUCUGACGAAUGUGUGCCGGGAUGCCUCCUUAAAUGGCAUGAGACGUAAAAUAGCAGGGAAGACGCGAGAUGAGAUUAAGAACAUGUCCAAGGAUGAGAUUUCAAAGGACCCUAUUGCCAUGUGCGACUUCGAAGAAGCCCUGACAAAAGUUCAACCAAGUGUUUCUGCAGCUGACAUUGAACGCCAUGAGAAGUGGUUUUCAGAAUUCGGAUCUGCGUAAAAGGUGGUCAAGCGAUACAAAUAUUAUCAACAUCUUAUAUCUCAUUAUGUCGACACUUGGUGAUUUGUCACUAAUCCCUACUAAUUUUGUUGCUGUUUCGGCACUGCUGAUUAUCAGUGUUGCAAAGCUCCCCGUGUGGUGUUGGUGUAUGCGUAAGUGUAACCAUAUCAUGUUUGUAAAACGCUCUUUCAUUCAAUGUACGAGUAGUUGAAAUACAAGUAUUCAUUCAGUUGUUUAAGAAGGAGACCAUUACUGUCACAACUGCAUUUUUUUAAAAAAAAAAUUCCAAUUUCAGAGUCAUUUGCUUUUAA